CUACUUGAAUAUUCAUGACUUUUCGCGGGCUUUCAGCGUCACGUGGCCGUUUCGCGCGAAAAGCGACUCGCCGACAGGAAGAAGAAGAAGAAGAAGUUUCUAUACAAGAGGCAGAGACGCAGACGAGCAGCGAUGGCGGAUUCCUCCGAGUCUUUCCACAUGGCCACCAGCCCCAGCCGAGCCUCCCGGAGGGGAGACAUGACGUCCAGCCCCGGACGCGACCUGCCGCCCUUCGAGGACGAGUCGGAGGGGCUGCUGGGGGACGUGACCCUGCCCGGGGAGGAGGAGGACGGGGACGGGGAGGAGCUGAUCGGGGACGGGAUGGAGAGGGACUACCGGGCCAUCCCGGCGCUGGACCAGUACGAGGCGGAGGGUCUGGACCUGGACGACGAGGAUCUGUCGGAGCUGUCGCCCGGAGCCCGGGCCGCCGCCGAGGAGGCGAUGAGGAGGAGGGACCGGGAGCAGGGCGUCAGCGGGCGGCUGAGACGAGGACUGCUCUACGACAGCGAAGAUGAAGACGACGAGCGCCCGGCGGCCCGGCGGAGGCGUUUGGCCGAGCGGGCGGCGGAGGGCGUCGACGGCGAGGAGGAGGAAAUGAUCGAGAGCAUCGAGAACCUGGAGGACAUGAAGGGCCACACCGUGCGGGAGUGGGUUUCCAUGGCGGCGCCCAGGCUGGAGAUCUACAACCGCUUCAAGAACUUCCUGCGGACGCACGUGGACGAGAACGGCCACAACGUCUUCAAGGAGAAGAUCAGCGACAUGUGCAAAGAGAACAAGGAGAGUCUGGUCGUGAACUACGAAGACCUGGCGGCCAGGGAACACGUGUUGGCCUAUUUCCUGCCGGAGGCUCCGACCGAGAUGUUGAAGGUUUUCGAUGAAGCGGCCAAAGAAGUGGUUCUGGCCAUGUACCCGAAGUACAACCGCAUCGCCCACGACAUCCACGUCCGCAUCUGCAGCCUGCCGCUGGUCGAGGAGAUCCGCUCGCUCAGGCAGCUCCACCUGAACCAGCUGAUCCGGACCAGCGGCGUGGUGAGCAGCUGCACCGGCGUCCUCCCGCAGCUCGGCAUGGUCAAGUACAACUGCAACAGGUGCAACUUCGUGCUGGGGCCGUUCUUCCAGUCGCAGAACCAGGAGGUGAAGCCGGGCUCGUGUCCCGAGUGUCAGUCCCAGGGGCCGUUCGAGAUCAACAUGGAGGAGACGGUUUACCAGAACUACCAGAGGAUCGCCCUCCAGGAGAGUCCCGGCAAGGUCGCCGCCGGCCGCCUGCCGCGCUCCAAAGACGCCAUCCUGCUCGCCGACCUGGUGGACAGCUGCAAGCCCGGAGACGAGAUCGAGCUGACGGGAAUCUACCACAACAACUACGACGGCUCCCUGAACAUGGCGAACGGCUUCCCGGUGUUCGCCACCGUGAUCCUGGCCAACCACAUCACGCGCCGCGACCAGGGCGUCGCCGUGGCCGAGCUGACGGACGAGGACGUCAAGGCCAUCGUCACGCUGUCCAAGGACGAGCGCAUCGGGGAGAGGAUCUUUGCCAGCAUGGCUCCGUCCAUCUACGGUCACGAGGACAUCAAGAGGGCCCUCGCCCUGUCGCUGUUCGGAGGGGAGCCCAAGAAUCCAGGUGGUAAACACAAGGUGCGUGGCGACAUCAACGUGCUUCUGUGUGGAGACCCAGGAACCGCCAAGUCCCAGUUCCUCAAGUACGUGGAAAAGGUGUCGAGUCGCGCCGUGUUCACCACCGGUCAGGGGGCGUCCGCCGUCGGUCUGACCGCCUACGUCCAGCGACACCCGGUGAGCCGCGAGUGGACGCUGGAGGCCGGAGCGCUGGUGCUGGCCGACCGCGGCGUCUGUCUGAUCGACGAGUUCGAUAAGAUGAACGACGCCGACCGGACGAGUAUCCACGAGGCCAUGGAGCAGCAGAGCAUCUCCAUCUCCAAGGCCGGCAUCGUCACCUCGCUGCAGGCCCGCUGCACCGUCAUCGCCGCCUCCAACCCCAUCGGCGGCCGGUACGACCCGUCGCUGACCUUCGCCGAGAACGUGGACCUGACGGAGCCCAUCGUGUCGCGUUUCGACGUGCUGUGCGUCGUGCGCGACACCAUCGACCCCGUGCAGGACGAGAUGCUGGCGCGCUUCGUGGUCGGCUCCCACAUCAAGCAUCACCCGAGCCACAAGGAAGGGGGCGUGGCCCUGGAGGAGGUGGUCCUGCCCAACACGUCCGACGUGCCGCCGAUUCCCCAGGAGCUCUUCAGGAAGUACAUCAUCUACGCCAAGGAGCGGAUUCAUCCCAAACUGAACCAGAUGGACCAGGACAAGGUGGCUCGCAUCUACAGUGAACUCCGCAAAGAGUCGAUGGCAACCGGCAGCAUCCCCAUCACGGUGCGUCACAUCGAGUCCAUGAUCCGCAUGGCCGAGUCCCACGCCAAGAUGCACCUGCGGGACUACGUGCUGGAGGAUGACGUCAACAUGGCGAUCAGGGUGAUGCUGGAGAGCUUCAUCGACACGCAGAAGUUCAGCGUCAUGAGGAGCAUGAGGAAGACGUUCGCCCGCUACCUGGCCUUCCGCAGGGACAACAACGAGCUGCUGCUGUUCAUCCUCAAGCAGCUGGUGGCCGAGCAGGUCUCCUACCAACGCAACCGCUACGGCGUCCAGAACGACACCGUGGAGGUGCCGGAGAAAGAGCUGCAGGAUAAGGCGCGACAGAUCAACAUCCACAACCUGUCGUCCUUCUACGACAGCGACCUCUUCCGCUCCAACAAGUUCAGCCACGACGGCAAGAAGAAACUGAUCCUGCAGCAGUUUUAAAAAGCCUCAUCCUCCUUCCCCCUGUGACAUCUUCAUGAACUCUUAUUUCUCAGCCCUAAAUGGGUCAUUGGGGGGAAAAGACUGAAAAUAACCGGGGACGACCUUAUUUCAUCCAGCCUGCGUGAAAUAGCUCUGCAGGAGGAAGAAGAGAAUUUUUUUUCUUCCAGUAGAAGCUUGUUGGGGAGUCGCCGGCCGACGGCGUCGACGUCCCACAGACACGAGUUUUGUCGAAGGAGGCGACGGCUGAACGAGAAGAUCCUUCACAGAGAGUCAGAUCGUCGGUUCGCGUUCACACCCGAUGUCAACGUUGCCAAAAAAUUCUGAAUAAAAGAAGCAAAAUGAAAUGUUAAUAUUACUAAUAAUAAGUGAACCGGCCGAUUCCUCUCGUGUGUUCUGGCCUCGGCCCCGGGGGGCGGAGUGUAAAUAAAUGUACAUGUUCAAUGUCCGUGUUGUCGUAGAAACGGGAUUCAAAGUGUGAUGGAAGUUUGAACUGAAGCUUCUUCAUGUGGAAACAGACAAAAAAAAUAAUAAAUCAUUGUUUGAUGUUUCUUGAUAAUUGAAUUGUUGGUCCAUUUUUGAUAUUAAACUUGUAUUUGUUAAAA